UAUGGAUUUUUUUGCGCGCGCUAAAAUAUAACCAAAAAGUUAUGACAGUGACAGCUUCCGCUCCCCGUUCUACAGGAAACUUAUUGAAACGUGUGAAUAUUGUAUCUAAUUUUGUUUUCAUACUGCAAUUUCAUAAAACUUUUAAGUAUAAUUAAUACUCACAAAAAUAUACUAAAAGAAUGUCAUCUUCAGAUAGUGAUUCUGACAGUGAAAAAGUAACUUGUGCUAGACUGGGGAACUGCGAGGUUUGCGAUGCGCGGGAAGCAAUUUAUACUUGCCCUAAGUGUGAAGUAAAGACUUGUUGUUUAUCUUGCGUUCGAAUACAUAAGAAAGAAUUAGAAUGCGAUGGGAUUCGUGACAGAACAAAAUUCAUCAGGAUGAAGGAUUUUACAGACACAGACUUGCUGAGUGACUAUCGCUUGUUAGAGGAAUGUGCAAGGUUUGUUUAUGCAGUCAGGAGAGAUGAAAAAAAGAAAUUUACAAGAAUUGACAAAGAUUUGCCUAUUCAUUUAUUCAAAUUAAAAAUGGCAGCAAGAAACAGAGGAAUUGCAUUACAAUUCCUGGCUCAAAAUUUUACAAGACACAGUGUCAACACAACAAGAUAUCAUUACAAGACAAACAUCAUAUCAUGGAGAGUUGAGUGGAUAUUUCCUAAUGUUGACACCAAACCGUUAAAGUUUGUGGAUGAAAAAUGUCCUGAACAAAACAAGUUGUCGAGACUGCUGGAUAAAUAUCUCAAUCCAAAUGCAUCACCUUUUGAAGGUUCAAAAUCUCUGGCUUUCUAUAAAUCAGCUGGAUUUAGUGGCAUCAAAAUAUUGUUAAAAGCUGAGAAAAUAAGGGGAUCAGCAAAGAAGUUUUUUGAACUGGAUCCUACAGAAACCUUAGGUGAAAAUCUAUCAGGAAAGUGUAUCGUAGAAUUUCCUAUAAUAUUUAUUGUUCUAAAAGACCAUGCAUGUAACUUUGAGAUUAUAACACCAGAAGAUGAGUUUGAAUCAAAUAUGAAAGAGCAUGAUGAAAGGGAAAAUAUAGAAAAUGAUGUUAAAAGUAAAAAAAAUGAAUCUGGACUUGAAAAAGCGAGACAAAAUAUUAAUGAGCAAAGGAAAAGGCCCCGACAGUUGUUAACUGAGAAAGUAGCACAGCAGAAAAAAAUGGAAAUUGAAAAGGAAAUAAGAGAAGAAAAGAAAAAGAGACCUAAAAAUCUACUGUUUACAACCGGUUAUUCAUCAGAAGAAAGUAUAGUUAGUAGUGACAGUGAGAAUGAAUCUAGUAUUAAAAAAUAA